AUGGCCAGUUUUGCCAGAACCAUCAAAUCUCCUUACUUAUCGCCUCGACUGCGACCUUCCAUGUCGGGGCGUUCCAUGUCUGCGAAUUCCGACCAUUCCAACUCUCCUGAAAGCCCACGAUCCGAGGAAAUUAUUGGCGAAUUUGACCUAUCUGGACGAAACACCCCAGCGAUUCCAUCCUCAAGACAAAACCAACCACGAGACGGAUUCUUUGACCUUGACGACGUUGGUUCUCGCACUUCCUACUUUUCAGACGACAACGAGAAGUCUGCUCCUGGCACUCCAUCAGCUCCCUCAACCCCGCGCAGCCGCAGCCACGUUCGACCUAUAGCUAUCGAUCUACCUCAACUCAAGCGUUUCACUUCCGCUCCCGCACGCACGCCUCCCGAGCCCUUAUCUGCAAGAGGUGACCUUCCUGGAGGUUACUUUCCACUCCACGAGGAUCCUAACAGUCGUGUCCAUCGACCACACCCUUUCCAACAUCAUCCGGACACUCGCAUGAGCCGUCUCAUCUCUGAAUCGGGACCAAUCUACGCGGACUCUCCCACUUCUCAUCCAGCCCAAAGUGCAGUCAUGUCUCACUCAAACACUCCCGUCGCUUCCUACCUUGCUCCAGGCUUCCAUGACCACCCUGUUCCUAUGGGCAAAUACUACCCAUCCAACUACGAAAGUAGAAAUGGCGCUCAAUCAAAUCUACGACCUCCCUUGUCUGGAAGCGUGUCGUCCAACAUUGGAGCCGAUUCCAAUGCAAUUCCUCGUGCAAAUUCCCAGUCGAACCCCGAGAGCGAGCUUCGUCGUAAGUUACAACAGUAUCAACGCGAUAUGAUUGCACAAGCGAGUAUGGCUGCAAAUGAGCUUAUUAGCAGCUCGGCCAAAUCUGGCGAUAAGCCUGGUUUGUCACUCAAUGACCUUCCUCUCCGGGACUCUCGCUUUGCUACUCCCGGCUGUCAGAAGCCCUUAUCACCCAGACUUCUUCCUAUGGGAAGUCCUGGCCCUGUCACCCCCAUGGACCUCGAAGCCAUUGGAGCUGGCGACUACAUCAGUCGCUAA